AUGGCUCCACAGGCAACAACUGCUGCUAAUAACAAUGUCGGUAGGAGAUUGACUCAGGAUGAGUAUCAAGAAAGAAGAGCAAGAAACCAAUGUUUCUUUUGUGAUGAGACAUUCAGGCCAGGGCAUAAUUCUAGAAGAGGUCAAGCAAUGAUCAUUGAAGUGUUGCAGGAAGAAUUAGAAUUGACAGGCCCUACAAUUAAUGAGUCACCAGAGGAUACUCAGUCCAAUGAAGAUCAAGAAGAACCUGUGAUACAGUUGCAGGUCAUGGGAGGGGAAAAUAACUCUGACACAAUGCAAUUGAAGGGAGUUUGUAACAGGAAGGUUGUGCAUGUUCUUAUUGACACUGGUGCUUCACACAAUUUCAUUCAACCUACUGUUAUUAAAAAUUCAAAGGCCACAAUCAUUGACAUUACACCUUUGAAAGUAAGGUUGGCUAGUGGGGCCAUAAUGCAAACAAGAGGGCAGGUAAAAAUGGAAAUGCAAGUCCAGAAAUUCUUAUUUUCUGCUAACUUCUAUAUUUUACCUAUUUCAGGUUGUGAAGUGGUUUUAGGUGCCACUUGGCUUAAGACACUAGGGGACAUAACUUGGAAUUUUGACACUAUGAGGAUGCAGUUUCAUAGCAACCAAGUCAAAUAUGUGCUACAGGGAGAAACCAAAACUCAUGCUGACAUGGUGAGUUGUAAGUCCAUGACUCGACUUUUGAGAAAGGAAAAAGAGGUUGUCCUGGUACAAUUAUGUCCUGUUGCUAUCACUAAAGCAUGUGAAGUGGUUCAUCCAGAAAUUCAAGGUCUAAUCGAUCAGUAUGCCAUAAUUUUCCAACCUCCCACCACCUUGCCCCCAGCCAGGCCUAAUGACCAUAGGAUCGAGUUGUUACCUAACACUCCUGCUGUCAAUGUCAGACCCUACAGGUAUCCCCAUUUUCAAAAAUCAGAAAUUGAGAAAAUUGUACAAGAAUUACUUGCGAAUGUGGUAGAUGAAUUAAUUGAUGAGGUUCAUGGAGCCACCAUCUAUACCAAAUUGGACCUCAGGUCAGGUUAUCACCAAAUCAGAAUGGAUGAGCACGAUAUCAGUAAAACCGUUUUCAGGACACAUACUGGAUAUUAUGAAUUUCUGGUUAUGCCCUUUGGCUUGACAAAUGCUCCUUCCACAUUUCAAUCAGUCAUGAAUGAUGUUCUAAGGGAUUAUUUGAGGAAGUUUGUAGUGGUAUUCUUUGAUGAUAUACUUGUCUACAGUUCUUCACAAGAGCAACACUUAUCUCACUUGAAACUGGUGUUUGAAAGGCUGCAACAAAAUUCCUUGAAGGUGAAGCAAAGCAAAUGCAGCUUUGGGGUGUCUCAAGUAGAAUAUUUAGGCCAUAUUAUAAGUGCUGAGGGGGUAGCUGUGGAUCCAGCUAAGAUUGAAUGUAUUAAGGACUGGCCUAAACCCAACACAUUAAAGGGAUUGAGGGGUUUUUUAGGGUUGGCUGGUUACUAUAGAAAAUAUGUGCGGCACUUCGGAAUGAUAGCUAAGCCUUUAACUGACAUGCUUAAAAAGGAUGGUUUCAAAUGGAGUGUGGAAUCUGAAAGAGCAUUUGAGGCUCUUAAGGAGGCCAUGAUCUCUACGCCGAUGUUGGCUAUACCAGAUUUCUCCAAAGAAUUAACAGUGGAAUGUGAUGCAUCAGAUAAGGGCAUUGGUGUUGUGUUAUCCCAAGAAGGACACCCCAUUGCUUUCCUCAAUAAGGCUCUAGCACCAAAGCAUUCAAUUUUGUCAAUUUAUGAUAAAGAGAUGCUGGCUGUGGUUUUUGCUGUGAACCAUUGGAGGCCAUACUUGUUGGGACAUCACUUCAAAAUCUACACAGACCACAGAACCAUUGAACAUUGCCUCAAGCAGAGAAUCACUACACCAGCUCAACAAAAAUGGCUACUAAAGCUUAUGGGGUAUGACUACUCAAUUCAAUACAAAGCUGGGAAGAAUAAUGUAGCUCCAGAUGCUUUGUCAAGGAAGUCUGAAUUGUGUGUUCUCACUGGAAUAUCCAGACCAGUACACAACUUCGUUGAUGGAAUUAAGCAGGCCUGCCUCCUACAACCUAAUUCAAUUCCUGAGAAAGCUUGGUCAGAUAUUUCUAUGGAUUUCAUUGAUGGACUCCCCAACUCUGAAGCUAAGUUGUUUGUUCAGGAGAUCUUUAGGUUGCAUGGAAUGCCAGAACAUAUCAUAUCUGAUAGGGACCCCGCAUUCCUCAGUCUUUUUUGGGAAUCUUUCUUCAAAUUGCAAGGGACAAGGCUUGACAAGUCCUCUGCUUAUCACCCCCAAAGUGAUGGGCAAACUGAGAACUUAAAUAGGACACUUGAACAAUAUCUAAGAUGUGUUGUGAGUGAGAAACCAACUACAUGGGUGCAGGCUUUACCUUGGGCUGAAUGGUGGUAUAACUCAGCUUAUCAUUCUGCAAUCCAGAUGACACCAUUUCAGGCUCUCUAUGGUUAUGAACCACCUUUUGUGAUACCUUACUUACCAGGCUCCACCUAA